AGCAGCUUUCUUUGCAAAGUAGCCUGUUGUUGUUUUUGCUCACUGCCAGGCUGCACUCAUCGCGCAAUGCAUGCCGGCUGCUGUCCUGCUGUGUGUAUCUGGGCUGUACUGCAUUACAGCACAGAACCACAUCUGUGUAACAAGUCAUGAGGUGGAGUGUUUCCAUCCAGCGGCCCACCUGGAUGCACCUGGUCCAGUCCACCUCGAAGUCAGCGUGGGCAAGACACUGGUCAUCUCUCUGGAGGACUUCCACUUACACGCCAGCUGCAGUUUGAUCGGUGAACCGGACACCGCGGCAGCAACAAUUAGGAACCUCUCUAUGGUCCUGCCAUCAAUUUCCAAGAAAGAUUCCGGGGACUAUACACUGAGAUGUGAGCUCACCAACAGAACCAGAUUUUCUUUGUCUGUGGUUCUUCAAGUGCAUGAUCCUUCAAGGCGUCCCACGAAACCUCGUCUCACACUGGAUAAUGUGGACGACCCAAUGAGUUCCCCUCAUUUUAAGUGUGCGUCUGAGGGACACCCAAAGCCCACGUUGUGGUGGUCCAGAAUUCCAGAUAAGGGGACCGUUUCAGAAAGAACGAUAACCAGCAUCAAAUUCUUAGACAGAGGAGUCAUGUGUUGUGCUGAAAACACAGAAGGACGAGAAUGCUCCCAAGUGUAUGACUAUGACUUGGAAAGUGACGUGGGGAAAAACGACGAGGUGUCGGAGGUGAUCUUGAGUCCCGGUCAGCCUCUCCUGCUUCGCUGCAGAAUCAAACGCAACAGACGGCGAUCAUCAAUAGUGUGGGACAAAGACGGCCAAGCGAUGACAUCUGCCGCUUUAGCAUGCUCUGCUAAAGUCAACCAGGAGAUUUGCAUCAGAAAUGACUCGCACGGCAAUAUCCAAAUGGCCUACUUUUUCAUCGAAUCCAUCGACAAGAACCACAACGGCAGCUACACCUGCAGGAAUCGGGAGUACGGAACCAAGUCUGUUGACGUCAUCGUCCAGGCUGAAGAUUCCCUCUCAGUCCAGCUGGAGGGGAACAGAAGUCUUUCGGCCCAGGAGGCGCUGAGCUCAUGUUUGCAAGCCCACGUGUUGUACCACCCCGUGCUGCAGUACUGCGCCUGGGAGGCUCCUGAUGGGAAUAUGUCCCCAUGCAUGAAGGACAACUGGGUGACCAAACACAGGACGGUGAAGCUGUGUGGUAAACUAAAAUCAGGAGAGUACAAGCUACACCUGAAGGCAGGCGGACAAAACCAGAGCAAGUCUGUGUCUGUGUGUGUUGUAGACGACCCCAAGUUCAGAUUCAGCCUUGACGGGGACAACACCAUCCGGAUCAAAACGGCGAGCGCGGUGCCGGCAAAUUACACGUGGAUGUCGUGUGUCUCUGCCAACGAAAGCUGUGACAGUCACUCUGUGUGGAAACAUGUUCCCAACGCCUCGCAGAGCGACUCGGACGUGCGGUGUGAGAAGACGAUAGAGAGCUCCAUCAGUACGGACCUUUUUGACGGAGGCUAUUUGAAAUUCUGCCUGGCUAACUCUGUGGGAUCCUGGUGCACCGUGAGAGACUUGGUCUACGACCCGGCAGCCUCCAGAGGAGCUUCAGAUGCGGAGAAGGCUGGCUUCAUGGUGCUGAAAGUGGGUAGCGUGAUCCUGAUUGUGGCUUUGGUCGUAGUCAGCGUGGGGCUCGUGUACUUUGUCAAAAAGAAGAAACCUCAGUACCAGCCCCAGCUCCAGAUGAUCCAGAUGGUCGGGCCCAAUGAUAAUGACUAUGUCUACAUGAACUUCAAGGACUUUGAGUAUGAACGCAAAUGGGAAUUUCCCAGAGAAAACCUGGAAUUAGGCAAGGAACUGGGCUCUGGCGCUUUCGGCAUGGUGGUCCAUGCCACAGCGUACGGCAUCAACAAGGCCGGAGUGUCACAGCAGGUGGCCGUCAAGAUGCUGAAAGAGAAACACCAGGAGGUGGAGAAAGAGGCUCUGAUGUCCGAACUAAAGAUGCUGACUCACAUUGGUAACCAUGCCAACAUUGUCAACCUGCUCGGAGCGUGCACGGACACGGGACCCAUAUACCUGAUAUUCCAGUUCUGCUGCCAUGGAGAUCUGCUCAACUUCCUUAAGAACAGCAGCCGGCGUUACCACAAGUUUGCGGCACAGGCGUUUACAGAGGAGCGCUUCAGCAACCUUUACAACAACCCGACACCGACCAAACGUUCUCGUGUGCAGGAGGGCAGCAUGGACAGAUACAUGCUAAUGCAACUCGCUUCCUCGGGGGGACAGGAAGACAAGGCUCUCCUCCAUCACAGCUUGGAGGACGUGGACUGGAAUGAAGAAAGCGACAACAACAACAACGACACGGAAGACCUGCAGGCCCUAACUUUCGAUGACCUCCUGAGCUUUGCUUUCCAAGUGGCUAAAGGAAUGGCGUUCCUCGCCUCCAAAAACUGUAUCCAUCGUGACCUGGCAGCUCGAAACGUGUUGGUGACAAAAGGGCGACUGGUAAAAAUCGGGGACUUUGGAUUGGCUCGGGACAUCGACAACGACUCCAACUACGUCGUAAGAGGAAACGUAAGCAAUAAUUUUUUUGACCCCUCCCCCGCACACAUCUCAGGUGACUUUACCGCAUCACAGGUGCGUCUGCCCGUCAAGUGGAUGGCGCCGGAGAGCAUCUUCGAGGGGAUGUACACCAUGAAGAGCGACGUGUGGGCGUACGGUAUCCUCCUGUGGGAGAUCUUCUCUCUCGGCGUCACUCCGUACCCGGGCAUGAAGGUGGACCACACGUUCUACUCGAUGAUCGAGAGAGGACUUAAGAUGGAAUGUCCUUACUACGCUGAUGAGUCUGUGUACGGCAUCAUGUGCAAGUGCUGGGCCUUGAUGCCCGGCAACCGGCCCUCGUUCUCCAAAAUUAUGUCUUAUAUGUCCGACCAACUAACCAUCAGAGAGGAGAAGCUUUAUCAUAACAUGAUCGACCAGAUACCGAGCGACUACCAGAAUGCAGCAGUAAUGCGGGACGCUUCUGCUUUUGCAAAACCAGAGGAGGAUGUUGAAGAGCGGUCGAACGAGGACACCUGUGUGGAAAUGUGUGAGGACAAACUUCUGAAGCGGUCCGGUACUCAGUGUGUAUAAAAACAUAGGGAUGCACGAUAAUGGAAAUGUUAACCAAUACCAAUAACCAAUAAUUCCCAGACCUUCACAACCAAUAACAAUGACAUAUAUUUAUGUAUAUAUUUUCACACAAGAAAUGUGAGAAAAAUGUUGUUCACACAUUUGCCCAAAAUGUAUACACUCUAAACAACAAAUAUACAAAUCUAUUGUAGGGAUAAUAUAAACUGAUAUUUUACUUAUCUAUAAUUUACACUUCGUACUGUAAUUCUGACCCAGGCAAACAAUUAGAAUCAUUGGAUAGAGCAAACAUUUUUUGAAUUUACAUCUCUUACUGAUUGACAAAAAUAAAAUAUUUUUCUCUGACAGUAAUGAAAUGUGCCGGCCCCUUAGAAAGGCAACAAUUAAUUGUAGAACAUAAAGAAAUCAGGGUUCAAAUGCAUUUUUCCACUAAGAAAUAAUAAAAGUUAACUAACUGCCUCCAGAUGAACUAUGAAUUUAAACAUAAACUACUCAUUUUAUUUUUAAGUUCUUCCGCCCUAAGGUAUUUUCUUUCAAACUGUUGCCUCUUAAACCCUUUCUCAUUAAUCCUGUGGCUUUAUGCUUGCUGCGGUCGCUGCUAUUAACAUCAGGUGUCGGCUCAGCAGCGCAGGCAGCUUCGUACUGCUUCUAUCAAUCAUCGCAUUAGUGAAUUUUAGGUGACUUACUGUAUCAGAUUUUAUUGUGUUGAACUUUGUCUUUAACUCUCCCUGUUAAAUUUCUGCAGAACAGGUUUUGAAAAACUACGAGUGAAAUGUCUUCUGACAUGCUAAAGAAAGCUGCGCUAUGACGCUUUUCUCUGUACAUAACAGGCCACGCACGCAGUGUCAUGAGAUCACAAAUAUGCGACCAUACCUUAGGGGAGGAGUUGAGGAGCAAAUGGCAGCACAAGCCACAACAGAGAGAGACCAAUGAUAAACAAAGCGAUGAUAAGCCUUUAUUAUUAUUUUAAAAUUAUUUUACUCUGUUCUAUAUUUAUCGGCUGCCGAUAAUAUCGUACAUCCCUAAUAAAAACUUGGGUUGGGUAUUGGCAAUGACCUCACGAUACAAUACGUAUCCCAAUAUGGUACCAUACAGUAUUAUGAUAUUGCGAUUUAUUGCGAUAUUCUACAUAGUUCAUGGAUUAAUUUAACAUGCAGAUCAAAAUAAAAGUUGUCAAAAAAAGCUUUAAAAAAAGUAGGAUAAAGUACUCGAUGACAGUAAUAAUAAAUUGGACAAACUGUGUGAAAAAAACAAUACAAUACAAAUGAUGCAUUUAUUGCAAUUGUACAGAAAGUGGUUCAAGUCUCUUGUCACUUAAAUAUGAAAUAUAAUUGUAUUCUACUCUACUUCUUAACUGUCAACUUAUUGUACUGCCUUGCUCAACAAUAACCCCGCAUAGCAAAGUACUGUAGCAGCACAGUGACACAGCUGCAAAAAAAUCAAUUUUGAGUUACAAAAAGCACAUAUCAUGACUCUUAACAUUUUUUUACUUAAUAUUAGGACAUUGCAAAUGGAUAUUAUAUAGUUGCCGUUAUAUUGUCCAGUCCCUCCAGGAUUUUGCAGGCUUUUGUUGUGAUUGUUGCGGCUUAAAAUGCCCGAAUUAGCGGCAGCUUUUCCAGAAAGUUGCUGCAAAUGUUGCAAUGUUUUUAAGCUCUUUUUUUUUUUUUUUUUAUCAACUUGUGAUUUUAUGGACUUGUUAACAAUGUUUUAAAUGUUCCUUGUAACCUUAACCUGAAAAAACACGGGAUUUCUACAAAGAUUGUAAAAACAAAUACUGCAUUGGUGUUUUACUCGUUUAUAGCACAGACUUAAGAGUAGACAGUAGAUGGCAGUAAAAGUAUAUACACAGAGCUCAUUGUCAAAUGAUUGUACUGUUUUAAUUAAUUAUACUUUACAAUAGUAAUAAUUACAAUUAUAGAAAGAAACACCACAUAAGGCUUCCUUAUUGUCCACUGUCGGCUUUGUCGUCCACAAGUUGCAGACAUUCUCUGUGUAUGUUUUACACUUGAAAAGUGUUUGUCCAUCUUAAACAUUCAUUUAUGUUCCAACACAUUUACCCCAGCAUGUUAAGAGCAUUUAUGAAAGAUUUAUAGUGCUAAUGCUUGUAUGUAAAUUAGUCGAUGAGACAUUAUGAUCACACUUCAACAUCUCUAACAUGUAAUUGCUGCCUCUUUGCUAGGGGAGCAUUAAAAAUUAAAUAUGUUCAUAAUUGUCUUACUCUGCAUGAAUAAAUGUUAAAUACAUAUAUAAAUACAUGUGAACUCGGAGGUGAUGGUGUAUAUACUGUAUUAGCCAGAAGGCUUAGUGUCAUAGACAGGAACUGGAAGUAGUCUGAGCUGAGUGGUAGGAUGUUGAUCAAUAAAGAGUUCAUAUAUUGUAAAGAGUUUGCCUACUCAAGAAACAAAGAUAAGUUUUGGUCGAACAGUUAACGUAAAGACAAAUUGAAUUAGCGAGAAUGACGUUGAUUUCAAAGAAGUUGCGGACAUUGGACAUUAACGCGUAACGAGGCCGCUAAAAAGUUGCAUAAUUGGUUGAAUUUGCAUUAAUUGACACUAUCGCAACAUCUGAAAUUUCUGGAAGGACUGAUUGCCAUGUCGAUAUUUUUUCCCAGGCCCUUAUAAAAACAAGUGAGCAUUUCACAUGUUUCAUGUAAUAAAAGUACAGGCGUGUUCAAACUUUUACUACCUCUCCGCAUACAUUUUUUUUUCAUUUUCUUUACCUUUUGUUUAAUUAAAUUGUAUGCUAACAACACAUCAAUGUAGAUCAAACUUUGCUAUGUAGUUUAUUAUAUCUUAAAGAAAAAAACACCAGCAUCUCAGGUGCUGUUUUCGUAAUUGUUCUGAUGAGAGGUGGCAAGUACAAUUUUUUGCUUAAAAUAUGACAAAAUGAGCUGAAGGCCAACGUAUUCAAGCAUGCCUGAAAUAAUAUAAACCUCUACAAUGCACAGGCCAAAAUGAUUUGUGGGGUUUCUAACAAUAUGUGUAGUAGACAGUUGUCCCUCGCCACAUCGCGCUUCAAAGUUUGCGGCUUGACUCUAUCACAUAAUUAUUUCGCAUUUUUUAUGUAUUAAGCAUUUUCAAGCAAACUUAUGGCUAAAUGAACUAAAAAGAUCAAUACCACAGUAGUGAAGUGAAGUACAUUUAAUAUCAUUCCAUGUCUAGUGGGCUCUCAAACUGUUGAAAACGGUAUUUAGAAGGUUGUAAACAGUUUUUCAAUGCUAUUACUUUAAAAAAUAUUUGAUUUAUAAUUGCGGAAAUUCAUUUACCAGUCAGGCCUGGAACCAAUUAACAGCGAUAAACGAGGGACGACUGUAUAUUUAUGUAUUUCUUGUUGACAGAUACACACUGCAGUGUUAUUAAUUUUGUGUACGUAAUAUAUAGUGAAACUGCUUUUAUCCUGCAAUUGUUCCUAUUGUUUUAUUGUUUCUAUGUCAUGUUACUUUAAAUUGAAUGUAUUAUUCAAACAAAAGCAUUAAACCUGCAAUAAAAGACAAACAGCGUCUGAGUGUAUGACGUCAUCACCACUUCAGCUACACUGGUUUCCGCGUGACGUCAUUUUUUUUUCAAUAGUCAGAUAUUUUAUUUAUUUAAUCAUGGCUGC